AGUCGGACCAGUUUUCAGUUGGGGCUUGACUUGGGCCUACGAGUGCGCACGCAGGCGCAGUAAAAUGUGAAAGUGUGCAACGCUUACAAAUUGGUCUUGUAAAUACUUGUAUAUACCUACUUUUUGGUUGGUUAAGAAAUUGUUUCUUGAAAAUGGGAAAAACCAGGGUUCUUGGUUCACAUUCGACCAAGCUGCUAUGCGUCAUCAUCAUCAUGAUGUAUGGCAUUGCAUCAUCUUUGAAUGGAGCUGAUGCUCAGCAUCUGAUUGCCUACAUCUCUCAGCAUGGACUGCAUGGUGAGCUGACGUUUCGUCAAAUGAACUCAACCACGGUCGAGAUCAAGGCAAAUCUGGAGGCCACUUUACAAUAUCCCGAUCAGGUAUGGAGCUGGUCCGUACGUCGUUUUCCAGUCGAUUAUACCAACAUAGAUCCCGAUGAACGAUGUGAUCUAGAGCGUUUGGGUGGUCAGGUGGUUAGCUUCGAUGACGAUUUGGAGUACUUGGUAUUGCCGGGUAAUGAGACAGCCACUUGGCAACGUAAUAUGCAGUUAAUUGGUGAUCAAGGCAUUUGGGGCAAGUCACUGCUGCUUACCGAGAUUAGUUCCAAUGCUCGAAUUUGUGCCACCAUUACGACUAUUCAGAGUUCCGUGGAACAUAUGGCCGAGGCACGUUUCAAUUCCCCUGUGGCGGGCUCCGUUUACUUUCGUUGGCUUGCUCCGGCAGAUGGCGUCAGCGGAGAUACACUAAUCUACUCCGAUCUGUAUCAUAUCAGGGAACAGCCUGCGGGCAGUCAGGACAGUCGUCCCCUUACGCAACAUCAUUGGAAGAUAUUUGUCACAGAUAUUUUCAAGCACGAUCAUCAUCGGACCGAGGAUAAUUGCAAUUUCCUGCAGCUGGUAUUCGAUCCUCAGGGAAGUGGUCCGGGUCAGGGCAUAGGCGAUUUGGAUGCUCGCCUGGGACGCAUUGGCGUGGCCACGAAUGCUUUGCGUUCACCUCAGCGCAAUGUCUUUCGAGAUGCUCAAUUGGCUUUGCUACCUUCGGACUUGACCAUUCCACACCGAACUCUUUAUUUGGUGCUCUAUGAUAAUCAUCAUCCAGAUACUUACAUGGCAUGCACCAAAAUAAGACACGUUCAGACUUUGACUUACAAAACGUUCUUGAACUCUGACGGAGUCAAGGGUGAAGUUACCUUUACACAACGCUCGAAAUUCGAUCCCACAUUCCUUAACUUUACACUGGGAGCACCGCUGUCCCAGCACGUGAGUCGCAAGUUUGCCGAAGAUGUGGCCCAUUUUCGUAUUCACAGUUUGCCGCCAGUGCCCCAACAUUUGGGUAAGGCCGAAUAUUGCCAGUCAACGGGCGAUAUGCAUAAUCCUAGGAAUCUGCAAGAGCAUAUACCUCCGCCUGGCUAUGGCACACAAGAGCAAUAUGCUAUUGGCGAUCUCACUGGCAAACUGCAGGGACGCAACAAACACUAUUGGCAUCAGUAUGUCCUUCCUGGCACCAGUUCCGAGUUAAGUGGCCUCUAUUGGGAUUUGUAUUUACCAUUGCAAGGACGCCAUAGCAUUGCCCAGCGUAGUCUGGUGAUCUAUACAUACAAUCGAACUGAUGUCGAGAAUAUAACUCAAAGCAUUUGGGGUUGUUCCACCAUAAAUCAAUAUCAGAAGAACGGCGUGUACCAGCAGGCAAUGUUUACGGCGCAGGUUCUUUUCCGUUAUCCCGUGGUUGGACGCGUCAUUCUCCGCCAAGCCGAGGAACAACCCUGGCAAGAUACAACUGUUGUCUUCGAAUAUCUAAUACAAGCGGAUGGUUCCACUCAGAACAGCACUCACGAUCAUCGUUGGGCUAUUCAUAAUAAUGCGCCCGGAAAAGACUUUUACGACUGGCAGCAACGCUGUCUGUCCGCCGGCAAUGUCUACAAUCCCUUCAAAGUGGACUGGGGCAAUCGUAGUGUGGAUGACUUUUGUCAAUCCCACUUGCCUGCCAUGUGUCGCAUGGGUGCUCUGGACUCUCGUUUGGGUAGCCUCACCAUAGCUGGAGGGAAGCGAGUAGCUCAACAACUAAGUCGUCGCAUGUUUAUAGAUGGGAAUCUGCCGCUUUCAGGCAGACAUAGCAUUCUUGGCAAGUCGCUGGUCAUAUACGAUGACAAUGGACCCAAGGCCAGGGGCGAGCGUUUGGCUUGCUCCAGCCUUAUAGGUCACUAUAGGCGCAAGGUGGUGGCCAAGGAGUGGUAUGCCAAUGGAGAUGACCUAUCGGUUAGUGGCAAACUGGAGAUUGUUCAGCAAUCGGAAUACGAUAUAAGCAAUGUGGAGGUGCAGCUGAAGGGACUACAGGAGAAUGGAGGCUACCACAUACACAUGACUCCUGUUGAGGCCAAUUUGGCUUUUCCAUGCGAGGCGACUACUCUGUAUGGCCACUGGAAUCCUUUUAAUGUGAAUCCCAAGUCCUCGCCACCUGCCAAACAGGGCACAACCGAUCAGUAUGAAAUGGGAGAUCUGAGUGGAAAAUAUGGUGGCCUCAAUGAGCUAACCCAAUACGAGGAGGCCUACAAUGACACCAACUUGCCACUAUUCGGCUACAAUAGCAUCAUAGGGCGUUCCGUGGUGAUACAUAAACAAAAGAGGAAUGCCCGCUGGGCCUGCAGCACUCUGGAGCGCGGUUAUAGUCCCAGUGAGGCACGAGAACUGCGUGCCAUUGCCUCAUUUCAUCAUCCCACUGGCUAUGCCUACGGUUAUAUCAAGAUGACCCAACUGAUCCACAACGAUGGCUCUCAAUCGGAGACAGUGAUCGAGGUGAAGUUGCGACAUCCGGGCAAAAAUGAUCGCAAUUCGACAAGGAAUCACAAUUGGCAAAUCUAUGUGAAUCCAGUUGGCGUAGAUGCCGCCGUUAAGCCAACAAUUACCCGUUGUGUGGCUGGAGGAUAUGUCUGGAAUCCUUAUUAUACACAGCUUGCCGAUCCGCUGAAUCUUGAUUUGUAUGAACAAGAGUGUGGACCAGAUAACCCACUGCGAUGCUAUGUUGGCGAUGUGGGAGCACGCUUGGGAACCAUAGAUUUGGGUGGCGAACGUGUUGUUCUUACAGAUUCCAAUUUUCCGCUGGAAUCUCCUGUGGGUGCCAUUGGGAGAUCGAUUGUGAUCUUUGGCCCCGAACAUUCGCAUGAACGUUUCGCCUGCGCCAAUAUAGAACCCGAUCACAAUGUCAUUAAGUACAUAAACCUACAGAAGCCACCACGUUUUGUAGUUGCCCAAUUUCUGGAUGAGUUGCGUUCGGUGAUGGGCAUACCAGAAUGGAUGCUGGAUGUGGAUGCCCGCAAAACCAAGGAAUUGCAUGGCGGUGCCUGCAUACAAAUGAUUAUACAUUUCAAAGGACCCUUAGCCCAUCGUCUGGAGUUGGAUAUGUCUCGUCUGAUAGCAGCCGGUAGAUUGGAUGCUCCUAGUCUCUUUAUACCCGGCUAUGUGAAUACCAAACGCAAAUCAACAAUUUCCUAUCGCACUUGCGGUGUCCGGGAUCCAAAUGAAAAGCGCACCAAGUCCUCCUCUAAGGGAAGAUUCUCAAUCUCGUCUAGUGUAGCACAAACAGAGCCAAAGCUUUAUGUAUUAGCCAUGAUAGUCAUCACUUUAGUCUUUAGAGAACUUUUGUAAAUAUAUAAAUAUACUUUUCGAAUUUAGAUAACAGAAUGUAGCAACAAGUGGCUCAAGUUUUUCUCGAUAAACAACCCCCAAGAUUGGGAUUUCAUUUCUGUCGCUCUGCGCAUGCGUUUU